UAGGACUGCAUUAGAAUAUAUAGAGAAAGAGUUAGAAUAUAUAGAGAAAGAGAAAGAGAAAGAGAAAGAGAGAGAGUGUUUGAGAGAGAGAGGAAAAGAUGGGGUUGACGAAGGCGGAGGUUGAAACUUCACUGACAUCAAAGCUGAAUCCCUCUUAUCUCGAAGUAGUUGAUACAUCGGGAGGAUGUGGUGCUAGUUUUGUGAUUGAGAUUGUAUCAGAACAAUUUGAAGGGAAGAGGUUGUUGGAGAGGCAUCGAUUGGUGAACACUGCAUUGACUGAAGAAAUGAAAAACAUCCAUGCUCUUUCUAUAAAGAAAGCUCUGACCCCCGAGCAGUGGAAAAAGCAGCAAGAGUCUGAAAAAUCUCAAUCUGCUUCUUGAAAGAUGUUUAUAAUAAUACCAGUAGUUAAGACAAGAUUUACCAUCACAAUACAAUCAUUCUUGAUACAAUACUCCUGUGCUGGAAAGCGUUUAUUGACAUAUGUAAUCUUGAUAGCUUACGUGGUCACUAAGCUUAUAACAAUAUAAUCUUUUCCAUGUGAAUAAUGCUGAGGCCAGUUUGGCUUCUCAUCUUUGUCUUCAAAGUGGUUUUAUAUUGCCUAA